CAGGCAGCAAUUUUGACAGCUGGUUGGAAUUCCUAACUGUUGUGAUUUUUUACUUUUUACUACUUUGCUUAUUAAAAUUCUUAUGAUGUAUUAUUAUUAAGUUUUUUAAGAAAAAAUACUGCAAUUUAAAAUGCAGCUGACUUACUGACGUAAUAAUUAAUCCUCAGACAAAACCAAUCCAUCGCUCGCCUAACUCGCGUGGCACACCUGUUCAUUUUGUUUAUUAUUUUUAUUAAGAGUUUUAAUUCGUGCAAUGACUUCGAAAGGGAAGCUCAACAUUGAUGAGCAUGGCCGCUCAGAUUCGUAUCGUGUUGCAACAAUACCGUCCAAUUAUGAUGACAACAAAACUGCAGAUGGCAGACCCAAGUCUCGAAGGAAAGUAAAGAAGAUAAGGAAAGCAGACGAUUUGGAUGAUUUAAAACAAGAAUUAGAUAUCGAUUACCACAAGAUCUCACCAGAGGAAUUAUAUCAAAGAUUUCAGACACAUCCAGAAAACGGUCUUAGUCAUGCAAAAGCGAAAGAAAAUUUGGACAGGGACGGACCCAAUGCACUCACACCCCCAAAGACGACUCCCGAAUGGGUGAAAUUCUGUAAAAAUCUAUUCGGGGGUUUCGCCCUUUUACUUUGGAUCGGUGCGAUCCUUUGUUUUAUAGCCUAUUCUAUACAGGCUAGUACUGUAGAGGAACCAGCAGAUGAUAAUCUUUAUCUUGGUGUCGUACUAGCUGCAGUUGUUAUCGUUACAGGUAUAUUUUCCUACUAUCAAGAAAGCAAAAGCUCGAAGAUUAUGGAAUCGUUCAAGAACAUGGUACCUCAAUUCGCUACAGUACUUAGAGAAGGUGAAAAACUAACUCUCCGAGCCGAAGAUUUAGUGCUCGGUGACGUAGUCGAGGUGAAAUUUGGUGACAGAAUUCCAGCUGAUAUAAGAAUAAUUGAAACUAGAGGUUUUAAGGUCGACAAUUCAUCUUUGACAGGAGAAUCUGAACCUCAAAGUAGGAGUCCCGAUUUCACUCAUGAAAAUCCUCUCGAAACCAAAAAUCUUGCAUUCUUCUCUACUAACGCCGUUGAAGGCACUGCCAAAGGGGUUGUUAUUAGUUGCGGAGACAAUACAGUGAUGGGUCGUAUCGCUGGGUUAGCUUCCGGUUUGGACACUGGCGAAACGCCCAUUGCUAAAGAAAUCCAUCAUUUCAUUCAACUCAUCACCGGUGUAGCCGUAUUUCUAGGUGUUACUUUCUUCGUCAUCGCAUUUAUUCUUGGUUAUCAUUGGUUAGAUGCUGUGAUUUUCCUUAUUGGUAUCAUUGUAGCAAAUGUACCCGAAGGUCUCUUAGCCACUGUAACCGUAUGUUUGACCCUCACUGCCAAGAGAAUGGCAUCAAAGAACUGUUUGGUCAAGAACUUGGAAGCUGUUGAAACCUUGGGAUCCACUAGCACGAUUUGCUCAGACAAGACUGGAACCCUAACUCAAAAUAGAAUGACUGUAGCUCACAUGUGGUUCGACAACCAAAUUAUUGAAGCUGAUACAACUGAAGAUCAAUCCGGUGUACAAUAUGACCGAACCAGUCCCGGUUUCAAAGCUCUGUCUCGCAUCGCUACCCUAUGUAAUCGAGCUGAAUUUAAACCAGGUCAGGACGGAGUCGCCAUUCUUAAACGUGAAGUUAACGGUGACGCUUCCGAAGCUGCUCUUCUCAAAUGUAUGGAACUAGCUCUUGGUGAUAUAAUGUCUAUUAGACGCAAAAAUAAGAAGGUAUGCGAGAUACCCUUCAAUUCAACCAACAAAUAUCAAGUUUCUGUACACGAAAACGAAGACCCCAACGAUCCUCGUCAUAUCUUAGUAAUGAAAGGAGCACCCGAGAGAAUAUUAGAAAGAUGCAACACAAUUUUCAUCUGUGGAAAAGAAAAGGUACUAGACGAAGAGAUGAAAGAAGCAUUCAACAAUGCAUAUUUGGAAUUGGGUGGACUCGGAGAACGUGUGCUAGGUUUUUGUGAUUUUAUGAUGCCUUCAGAUAAGUAUCCUAUUGGUUUUAAGUUCAAUUCUGACGAUGCAAACUUCCCGCUCGACGGUCUUCGAUUCGUAGGUCUUAUGUCGAUGAUUGAUCCUCCACGAGCCGCCGUACCCGACGCCGUUGCCAAAUGUAGAAGUGCCGGUAUCAAGGUUAUCAUGGUUACCGGUGACCAUCCCAUCACUGCUAAGGCUAUCGCUAAGUCCGUCGGAAUUAUUUCCGAGGGCAAUGAAACCGUGGAAGACAUCGCUCAACGUUUGAACAUUCCCGUAUCAGAAGUGAACCCCAGAGAAGCCAAGGCCGCCGUGGUGCACGGCUCAGACUUGAGAGAUCUAUCUUCAGAUCAAUUGGACGAAAUAUUGAGAUAUCACACGGAAAUUGUAUUUGCUAGGACGUCGCCGCAGCAGAAGCUUAUCAUCGUGGAAGGAUGUCAGCGAAUGGGUGCUAUAGUUGCUGUUACAGGUGACGGUGUAAACGAUUCACCAGCUCUGAAGAAAGCCGACAUAGGUGUCGCCAUGGGUAUCGCGGGAUCCGACGUCUCCAAACAGGCAGCCGACAUGAUUCUCCUCGACGACAACUUCGCCUCCAUCGUUACCGGUGUGGAAGAAGGACGAUUGAUCUUCGAUAACCUUAAAAAAUCCAUCGCCUACACCCUUACCUCUAACAUUCCCGAAAUUUCACCUUUCCUCGCCUUUAUUCUAUGCGAUAUUCCUUUGCCUCUGGGUACAGUUACUAUUCUAUGCAUCGAUCUUGGAACCGAUAUGGUGCCUGCUAUAUCUUUGGCUUACGAGGAAGCUGAGUCUGACAUAAUGAAGAGACCUCCAAGAGACCCACAAAACGAUAAACUUGUCAAUGAUAGACUAAUAUCAAUGGCGUACGGUCAAAUUGGUAUGAUUCAAGCCGCUGCUGGAUUCUUCGUUUACUUCGUCAUCAUGGCUGAAAAUGGAUUCCUGCCGAUGAAACUGUUUGGAAUAAGAAAACAAUGGGAUUCGAAAGCUGUCAAUGAUCUUACCGACUCUUAUGGACAAGAAUGGACUUACAGAGACCGAAAGACAUUGGAGUACACAUGCCACACUGCUUUCUUCGUAUCCAUCGUAGUCGUACAAUGGGCCGAUUUGAUUAUUUGCAAGACUCGUCGUAAUUCAAUCGUUCAUCAAGGUAUGAGGAAUUGGGCUCUUAACUUUGGGCUUAUAUUUGAGACCGCCCUUGCUGCAUUCCUAUCUUACACCCCUGGUAUGGACAAGGGGCUGAGAAUGUUCCCUCUUAAGUUCGUUUGGUGGUUGCCAGCCAUUCCAUUUAUGUUGUCGAUCUUCAUAUAUGACGAAGUGCGACGGUUUUAUUUACGACGUUGCCCCGGCGGCUGGUUAGAACAAGAAACCUAUUAUUAAGUAUUAAUAUCAGAGUACUGCCACUCAGUGGAUGCUGUGGAUAGUUUAGGCCACAGUUUCGAUAGGAAAGACCUCGUUUUCAUUUUUAGACAGUUGUAUCAACAUGGUAAGAGCAAUUAUCAUCGAGUAAUAGAUCCGAUGUCUUUUCCUAUCGAUUAUUGUACAAAUACUGUUGCUAAUUCUAGUAAAUUACUGCUUGUGCAGUUUUGAUAGUUAAGUAUGGCGUGCAAGGUAGACUCGAUUAGUUAAGAUUGUUUCAAUCUUGUACGUGUUAGCUUUGUAUUAAUCUAAUUAAUUUCGGUUAUCAUAUAUAUAUGAAAAAAAUAAAAAUAGAUGAAAAUGUGACAAUGAAAAGUAUGAACCACAACCAAUAACAAUAAUUCACUGUCUGACGAAGACGAUUAGUCGCAAAAGCGGUUUUUAAACAUUCCAUUUUGAGGACACAGUUGCCUUAGUGCUGUUUGUCGUACAGAGUUUAAAUAAUAAAAUUAUAUCGGGUGGCUGCCGAUCUAUGUUGCCUGUUGGAGGAGCCACUCAGGCGAAACACGCGCGUAAAGCGUUGAAUUGAUUGGAAUGAAUGAUUUUAGUACUAUUUAGGCUUUCAACACUUAGGUUAGCUAGAUUGUAACUGUGUUGUUAUUCGUAUUAAAUGUCAACCAGGUCGUGCUCAAUACACAACAUGACUAUAAUUAUCACGAUUGUAAACAUUUGAGAAUUAUUUUUUCUUUUUUAAAUAUUUGUUUGUAUAUAUUCUUUAAGUUUUUUUAAAGUCAGAUGCAACUGCAAGGGUUGAUCGUUGUAAUAACACACACUAUAUUAAAAUAAUGAAGGUCUGCUUUUGUAGAGUUUUAUUUUUCCAUAAUAAUAUGUUGCGCUCUGGUCAGAGACCAGUGGACCAUAUGGUAUUGUUAUCUGACUGUAAAUAGUUUUAAGUGAAUCACUUAAUUAUUUUUGCUUGUUCUUUUCACGUUCAUAUUUUAGUAAGUGAAUGAGCUGUAUACAUUUGGGUUUUAAUAAAAUGAAUGAUAGUAAAUACA